CGAAUCGCAAUUUUUCAAGAAGAAGAAAACGAAAAGCGCAGUUUAUUUUGGAUUUUAAAGAAAAUUUCGAUGACCUCGUGGAAGAAAUGGAUUCCGAAGUGGAAUGCUCACAACCGUUGAGCCCCCAUAGAGAUAAAGUGUUUAAAUAAAUAUCUUCCAAUCUCGUUUGCGCUCCUCCAGUAUAAUCAUCACAAAUUGUGGUACCGUCACCAUCGUCUGGCGGCUAUGCAGAUAUAAUCCAGAAGCUGGAUCAAUCUCGUUUGCGCUCCUCCAGUAGAAUCAUCACAAAUUAUGGUACCGUCAUCAUCGUCUGGCGGCUAUGCAGAUAUAAUCCAGAAGCUGGAUGCCAUUGUGGUCCGUCUCACUGCAAUUGAAAAGUCCCUAACAGACAAAAUGCCAGAAAAGACCGAGGUGCAGGCACAAAGUAAAUUAUUGCGCGAAUGUCGCGUCAUAGCGGCAAGGACGCACCUUUCAAUUAGCCGCAUCACCGGUGACUUGGAAGACGAGCAUUACGAGGAGCUCACCCAUGUCAUCGGAAGAAUACGUGCGCUCUUUCUUUCACAAACGGAAAUCACGGAUGCUAUGAUGCGGCUAAUAUUGAAAUCAAAGGGCACAAAAGGCAGUGUGGACGGCCUACUGCGUGGUAUGUUUUCUGACGAUCUAAUGUACCACUACAAUUUAGAGGGGCGCAAGGAGAAGGCCAAAGCUAAAGUGCGUAGGGUUAGUUUUUGAUAUAUUUCCUAACAAGGACAAAAACACUAUCUGUGGGGAGCUCCGGAGAUUUGUGGCCUUAAGCCACAAUCGUUUUAAACAAAAAACAUAAACUUAAGGCUAAAUUAGUAUAAGGUUUCUUAUUAUUACUUAU